UGAUGCUGCUUUAAGAACAAUGAUGAAAGGCUCCAAGAAGGCUUUUGCAGACAUAAAAAAAGUCAUAGGUCUGCUUGUCCAGGAUGAAGUCAGGGCAUUCUCAAAAACACUGUCAUCUCUUAGACAGGAUUUGACAUUAGAGAGCAUUGAGAAGUUCAGUUGGACAGCUUUUCUCAAUGAAAUCGAUUCAGGGCUACCUCUUCUGUCAACUGUGUUGCGGUCUUCAGUAACCACUAGACGAACAAAAGACAAGAUAUCAAGUUCUGGUAACAAGAUUGGUCCUUUGGUACCUGUAUUUGGACUUCUUGUGAGUAUCAUCCUUCAUAAAAGAUUUCCAGCCAAGUUCAAGUUCCUGCAACAAAUCUUAUCCAUACAGAUGUUCCGAUCAGGCUGUAACCACAAGAUAUUCAGAUGGUUCCAUAAGUUUGGACUAUGCAUGAGUAUCCAUACAACAAGACAACUUGUAGAUCGUCUAGGAAAAAGCUAUGACACCAAAAUAAAGGAGUGGAAACAGAACAUAGAAGAGCAUGUUCUACAUGUGAGACCAACACUGGUAGCUGACACAAGAACUGAUGAGAGUGAAUGGUCAUCUCUCAGUGACAGUGAGGUCAACAUGUCUGAUGAAACAGAUGAUGACGAAGAUCUGGAUGAAGACCAGGAAAUUCAGGACCUGUCCCUGGUGUUGGAAGACACAAUACUGUACUCGGAGUCAGACCACGAUGAAGAAUUUGUUCCACUCCCUGAAAGAUCUGAAAUGAAUGAUAUACCAGGUUUUUCUGUGUGCUGGGACAACGUCCAGAAAAUGUCAGUAGCGCGCCACCAAAGCAGGCAUAGUGGAAAUAAGAUGCUGCUCUGGGCAAACUGCUUUGCAACGCUUGACAGAAUCAGCUUCACAUCCUCUUCUUGUUCCUGGGAAGAAACAGUACCAGCCAGUUCCAUUGAUCUAAAAACAUUCCUACCAAGUGAUGAGGACUGGAAGCAGCUACGCUCCAGGAUGGAGUUGAUUGUUGCAAGGACUCUAGCAAGUAUCCUUGACCUUGACAUCCCAGUGCAGCAGCAUCUUCCUCACAAGUAUUCAACAGAAUCUGCGAAGAAAAGUGAAGUUGUCAACCUUGGUGUUGUGAAAGAAAACCCUGCAACAUGCAAAGGUGUAAUUGAGAUAAUGAAGUACCUUAAUCGAUACACACCGAGGGAUGUUGAAGGAACACCCUGGCCUAUAAUUUGUCACGGGGACCAGCUGUCGGUGGAGCGUAUGAUAGAGUCAGCACAACUUCGAAAAAAUGAGAAUUUUAGCGAACAGCUUACAUCUUUGGAAGACGUUACACAGUUGGCCAAGGAAAUUAUUCAAUUCAUAUGGCCAAACACCAAUGAAUACGUGGCUGCCGUUGAAGAUGACAGGAAGUAUACAUGCAUAUGUGAUGAAGAGGAUGGAGGUGCAGAAUGGAUAGAAUGUUCAAGUACCAUGAGUUGCCCAACGAGAUGGUUCCACAAGGACUGUGUUGACGUGCCGGAUGGUGCAGAAGAUGAUGACUGGUGGUGCUCCCCAGAAUGUCAAGCACGGGGCCUAAGUGCAUAUUGCUGUGGCAAGCAGUUGGAGAGCACAUGGAUACGGUGCUCAUCAGAGGCUGACUGUGUACGUGGCGAGUGGUUUCACACAGUCUGUGUGGGGACAAACGAUACUUCUGGCAUAUGGCAUUGUUCUGAAGUCUGUAGGUCAGGCAAGGAAAUUGAUCACAAACAGGCAUAUGCAAUGAGUGUCCUGUGGCGUGGCCUCAUGCACAUGGCAGAAAGGGACGCGGAGAGGGAAAACGACGGGGAAGCCAUGAUAAGCUUUUGGCGACUGAAUAUGCUGGAGUUUUGGGAACAUGGCCACUACAAAUACCUGACACUGGCCUUUAGACUUUUGGCCUCUGUUAGUGGUUGGAUGCCCAAGCGGAUAUCAGAAAACCUGAUAUGGAACAGUACGGCCAAUUUGCGAGGGGAACCUGGAUGUAAUGUACCUUUGGACCUGCUGAAUGAGUUCCUAAACAAUGAAUUCAAAACCAAUCUGAAACGGGUCAAAGGCCAGUAUACUGAUUCUGCAGUUCAGCGCUGCAGUCUGAUUUCCGGAACAGUUGGUAAAGGUUUAGAAGAAAAAUUCAUGAGCCAGGUGAUGGACAAAUACAUUGGUCGAUCAAAAAGUGCACAUGCAGCGCACACACGAGACUUAAAGAAGUUUGUGAAAUUAUAUAAAGGUGAACGCCUUUUCCAAUGCCUGCCUGGAAGACAUCACAGUUCUUAUGAACAUUUUGUUCACAGUAUUCCACUGAGAACACCUUCAAAACUAAAGGACAGAUUGAUGAAAUAUUGUGUUAAACUUGACACAGAAAGGUUGCUGUGCAAAUGAAUCAGAAUAUUUGAUCAUAAUACACUAUAGUAGUACUGAAGUUGUUGAAUAAGUGACUUACAUGCACCAACUAUUUCUAACUUGCAACUUUGAAAGUAUUUGCUUCAUAUUUAUGGAAAAUUAAUAACCAAUAGCUGCUUAUAAAAUAAACAAUUUUGUCUAUUUUUAAAUUUUUCAGUAGGACAUUGCACCAUGACAAUUAACUUGCAUACUUACAUGAUUUUUUAGCAUGGAUUUGCUGAUGGUGGCACUGCUCACUUUUCUUGAUACGAGUUUUAACAGUAAACUUCACAAAGUCUGAGAAAAUCUUGUACAAUGCACAGGCUUCAUGUAAAUGUCAGCAUAUAUAAAUGGCAGCAAAAUGUCCAUAUCACAUUUUGUAUUUGAGUACUUGAUGAUGGCCAGGAUUUAUUGCAAAAAUGGUAUUAGAAUAUGCAGCCACAUUUAGGUUGUGUUUUCUAAUCCUCACUAGCUACCGAGUGAGUAUUGUUAAAACUUUCACAGUUGAAUGGCCUAAAUGUGAAGAUGACCAUAUAAAACAUAUGAGAUUAGUUCCUUGCUUGACAGCAAAUAUACAAAAGCAAAACUCUCAGCAGUAUAGCACUCCCAUUGAAUGGUAAAAAAUGUCCAUAAAUGAGCUGUUCUGGGCCAUUACUAUGUCAUUCAUUGUUAGAUUUUAAAAUCAUUUGGCACAUUUGUUCACCAUCAUUGGCAGGAGGUCUCAAUGCGAAAGAAUUACGUCGAUAUCUUCAAGGUCAAGUUCACACUUUGAGUUCAAAGGUUAAAAAUGGCCAUAAAUGAGAUUGUCCCGGCCAUAACUAUGUUGUUCAUUGUUAGAUUUUAAAAUCAUUUGGCACAUUUGUUCACCAUUAUUGGCAGGAGGUCUCAAUGCGAAAGAAUUACGUUGAUAUCUCCAAAGUCAAGUUCACACUUUGAGUUCAAAGGUUAAAAAUGGCCAUACAUGAGAUUUUCCUGGCCAUAACUAUGUUGUUUAAAAUCAUUUGGCACAUUUGUUCACCAUUAUUGGCAAGAGGUCUCAAUGCGAAAGAAUUACGUUGAUAUCUCCAAAGUCAAGUUCACACUUUGUGAGUUCAGAGGUUUAAAAUGGCCAUAAAUGAGAUUGUCCCGGCCAUAACUAUGUUGUUCAUGGUUAGAUUUUAAAAUCAUUUGGCACAUUUGUUCACCAUUAUUGGCAGGAGGUCUCGAUGCGAAAGAAUUACGUUGAUAUCUCCAAAGUCAAGUUCACACUUUGAGUUCAAAGGUUAAAAAUGGCCAUAAAUGAGAUUGUCCCGGCCAUAACUAUGUUGUUCAUUGUUAGAUUUUAAAAUCAUUUGGCACAUUUGUUCACCAUUAUUGGCAAGAGGUCUCAAUGCGAAAGAAUUACGUUGAUAUCUCCAAAGUCAAGUUCACACUUUGUGAGUUCAGAGGUUUAAAAUGGCCAUAAAUGAGAUUGUCCCGGCCAUAACUAUGUUGUUCAUGGUUAGAUUUUAAAAUCAUUUGGCACAUUUGUUCACCAUUAUUGGCAGGAGGUCUCGAUGCGAAAGAAUUACGUUGAUAUCUCCAAAGUCAAGUUCACACUUUGAGUUCAAAGGUUAAAAAUGGCCAUAAAUGAGAUUGUCCCGGCCAUAACUAUGUUGUUCAUUGUUAGAUUUUAAAAUCAUUUGGCACAUUUGUUCACCAUCAUUGGACAGUGUGUCAUGCAAAAGAAUCACGUCAAUAUCUGCAAUGUCAAGGUUACACUUUUGUCCACCAUGCUUUCAUUGACUGAUGGAUUUAUGCGUGUCCAAGUGUUAAAUUAAACAUUAACAUGAACAUGAACAUUUCUUAUGGCAGUUAGAGCAGCACAGGCACAUAUUACAUUCACAUGCAACGCAUUUGCUGUUAUUGCCACACACUUUUGUUGGUGCCUUGAAUGUCGGAGUCACCGACAACAAAUCCAUAAUGUAUUGCCGGUAGCAUUCCUCACUCUUGACAAGUGUCUUCAUUUCCUCUGAACAGUUCAGCAGGGAUACUUUGGUAGCAUACAUUUUGGCCUGUGCUGCCUUUCCAUCACGACCGGCCCUUCCGACCUCCUGCCAAUAAUCCUCUAAUGUUUUUGGUGCCCCCCAGUGUAUAAUAAAUCUUAUAUCUGGAAUGUUUAUGCCAAUUCCAAAUGCAAUUGUAGAUAUAAGAAAUCUUGUGCAAGAAUCUGGUUGGGUGAACUCUUCCAAGAUGGACUUAAGGUCACUGUUACACAUUCCAGAAUGGUACAGUUUAAACACCUUGGCGCCAUCAGCUGCAUCCUUAAGGUGUGCCGUAAUGUCCAAGGCAAGUCUUGCCAUCUGAGUGAUUCCACUGGAAGUAAAUUUCACUUAUAAUAAUUAAAAAAAACAUUUUAUGGGUCCUGUGUUAUAUAAACAUGUAGUUCAUGCUUCAUUAAUUUGUUAUACUCAAGAUAGUAUAUUAUUCAAUUCAUUAAUACACUCUUAUAUUCUUAUAAAUUAUAGGAAUAUAAGAGUGUAUUAAUGAAUUGAAAAUAUAUAAGUUAUACUGUCCAUUAAAUACUGAAUUUAUUCAUUUUUAUGUUAUACCCUUGAUUAUUCCUUAGAAAUUCAUGUUCUUUGUAGCUUUAUUUUACAUUAUGAGCAGGUAUUUCACAAAAUAUUUGCUAUGGUACGGAAGGAAAUAUUUGUGUAUCACAUGUUACUCACAAUACUGGGGUACAAAAGGAAGUUUUAAUUGUUAUUGUUUUAUCUCAUUAUUUUCUAACUUGUUGUACAUACGUUACAUAGAUAACAGCUUUCUCAGCCAUCUUGCCCCUUUCAAUAAUCUGGUCUAAAUACCAGGUCAUGGCUGUGAAAUCCAUCCCAGAUUCACACUUUAUCUCCAAAUGUAUGUUAGGUCUGGAAAAAAAUACUUUGAACUUUAUAUCUAUCUAGUGCAUGUAUAUAUAUUGUCUUCUAUGAACCAAAAUGUGGAGUAUUUGUCUCAAAUAUGCAAUAAAGUUAUACACUGUAAA